AUGACAUCAACCCAAGUUCGACUAAAUCCCACUAGCAACUGGCUGCGACUACCCUUACAAAACCCUCCUUCCUCCAAGCGCAUCUCCCGACCCUACGACAACGAUAUCAUGACUCCCCGGACGCCAGGACACAGGAUUGUUGGUACAAUGUCAACCGCAACGACCAGACGCCCUCGAGCCCCCAGACAAAACGAACGCGAAAUUGCUGCAGAAGAACGCAUCCGUCGCAAUGUGCAAUCAGGCCGAAGGCUGGGUCAUAUUCCUGAAGCUCCAAUACCACCCGAUCUACCCGCGACAAACCAUGAUAUAGCCAACUGGAUCGAUGUGGAAAACGAACCGACCGACCAGCCUCCUAUCGAAGAAAAUCAACAAGAUCAGUGGGAGGACGAGGAUCCCAUCUUAGCCCAUGCAAGCUAUCAUCAAAUGCGGCGUUACACCGAGCGGCGAGAGGCAAUCAGUGCGCAAUGGGCUCAACUUGAAGUUUCGGCAACAUCAGCUUUUUUUCAAUGCCAAUAUCAAACACUCAACUGGACCCGUACCCCAACAAGCUUUGACGAACCCAUUCAAUCAUGCACAUGUUUGCCCAAUCAAAUUGAAAAGCGAAAUGUGGAUCUGAUUGACUUGCUCUACUAUCGUGCACACGAAGCCAUCCCAUUCUGCAAGUGUAUGCCUGAUGUUGUUAGAUUGAUUCACUAUGGAUUUUUUGCUUCGUCUGCCGACAAACCAAGGACCGCCUUCUCGAUCAGAUUAAUACAGUUUCAUCACAAUCUAUGGCAAUCUGCGGUCAUAUCUUCUUCAGCAUUUGUUAAAGCCAUCUCAACCUUCUUGGAUAGUCGAAGCAGCCGAAUGCUGUUUGCUCGCGGGAACAAAUUCAGAAAACGGAAUCUCCUUGUACCUUUCAGCUUCAGUGCCGACCUUUUUUCCCGCAUCCUUGUACGGGAGAAAAAGAUUCUCAAUGAUGGAUUGGAACUCUCUAAAGCUGAACUGUGGGCAAACAAGUGCCCUCGAUGUUUUGGGCCCAGCUUACACGAAGUCAAAUCAAAUCCAAAUGAACCUGAUGUAAUCAUAGCCAUGGAUGGAAAUUUCCAACAACGCCACUAUUCCCAUGCUAGUAAAGAUGUUCCUUCUGAAGAUCAGUAUCCGGUUGACUUUAUCCCGCCAUCCGCACUUAAUACAGAUGUUGAAGCUGUUGAGUCGACUGAGGCUGAAGCCAUUGGAAUUGAUCCACCAUGUUCUGAUUCUCAUAAAGCAGCCAACGACACUCGAAGUGGAACAAGCUGGGAGAAGUGUGACGAUAACGGUGUUUUUGCCAGUGCAUGUCGGCACGAUGUCCCAUUGCUCUUUGCCAACAUCUUUCAGACAGGAGAGAAGCUUUACUACCCAGUAUCAAUCAUCAGGAAUAUUCUAGCGGAUUUCCCAGCUCACAAAUUUGGCAUCCUCUAUGAUCUUGGGUGCCAUCUAGAGAGUCACGUGAGGAAGGCAAGAGCCGACUAUUACUCAGAACAUCUCAAUUCCUUAUCAGCCCAAUGGUUGCGCAACAAAUAUCUGUAUGCCACGGAUGCCGUAAAGGCCUCUUCUUUGGCUCUUGGGGAACUCCAUACACAAGCCAACCACUUUAACGCAGGACACAACUACACGAAUCUUUUUUUUGAGGAGCAAUGGCGGCUUGAGCAGCAGUAUCACCGGCGUACAAAUAUAAGUGUGAAGAACCAAAAAAUUCAACUUGGCCGGCUGUUAUGUCUAGAAGAAUCUCUUGAGGCUGCAUGGAGAAACAUCCCAAUUACCCCUGAAGAAUCUUUUGCUCAUGCAACUGCUUGGGCUACUCUCACCCAAAGGAUUGCCACACAACGGGCUAAAGUUGGUGAAGACCUGCUGACUGCUGUAAGUGGAAUUGAGACCAUCGAAGAAAGGGACUUACUAUUGAUGGUCUGGUACAACAAGACAGAGCUCAGAAAAAGGUUCUUGGCCUUAAUUGAGGAAAAGCAACCGUUGGUACGAGUCCGCCGUGCUGGAGAAAGUAGCUCAAUUGGUACACGCGGUCAGCAAAAGCUAAUGGCUUUGCUACGUAAGCAUGGUGAAAAAUUGGAGACAGUACUGGCUUCUUACACCAAACAAGUGGAUAAGUAUGUUGCUACUUACCCAACUCGACCAAAUCCACCUUUGAUUGGGUAUUCAGAACUCCUUGAGCUGCCUUCCGAUGACCCUUUCUGGAAUGAUGGCUUGUUUACUGAAGGCAAUGCAGCAUGGGCAAUUGAUCGUAAAACCCAACUUGGCAUCCGGCACUUAGCUUGUUUAAAUCGUGGUCAAGAAGAACUUCGCCGACUCGGAUGGGAAACUAGGAGGUCCAUGCAAUGGGCUAUCAACCGUAACAACAAACUGAAAACGAUGAUCCGUGUAGUCAGGGAACAACUGUCUGGCGAACCAAAUGAAAUAGUGGAGCUUCCGGAAUUACUUCGGUCCAUUGUAGGUCACGCGGACCUCCAAUCAAAUGACAGCAUGGCUAAUAGGCUGACCUGUGUGAGGGUCAUACUGCAUGCGGCUGUCAUCAAGCACAUGGAUCUUCAAUUGAUGUGGGAUCCACUCAUCAGUGAGAUCUUGUUAAAUACCUCGCCUCAGAACAACGAUGACGACAUCAAGUCAGCUUGGAAGAACCAGCUAGACCACAUUCAUCACCUCCACCGCAGCCGAUCCUUCUCUGGAAUCCCUGGAGACAUGGAUGAUGCAACACUUACAUACAUCAUACCCGAAGCCGAAGAAGGAGAAGGAGAAAGCUCUGUAGGUAUAAAUUCACAAGAUCAGCCUCAAACUGUGGAUGAUGAUCAAGAUUUUGAGGAAGAUGAUGGCCAACAGCCCUACCUUGACGAAAUGGAGAGCCGGUUAUCAGUCAACAUGCUUAAUGAUUUAAUCCAGCAAAAUAGUAGUUGAAAUUACCACCUUUUUUUACUCUCUUGUUUAGCAACAUGUUAAUUUGAUGGAAUGUCCCUGUGAAUGGAAAUUUUUGCAUGUUCUCUACUGUUUAUGAGAUCUGUAGAAUAUGAAGAGGGA